AUGAAUACGCUAAUAAAAUACUUGGCUAAGGAGCGUUUGGAAUCGUUGCUUUGUAUAAAAAUAAAUACAAAGACUAUGUGGCAAUCAAGUUUGAUAUCAAUAAAUUUAGCAACAAUGUACUUCAAGAAGCAAUUCAUUUAAGAGAACUAAAUUUAAAAUCUUAAAAAGAUGGCAUAGACAAUCGUAACUCUUUUCCAAAAUACUAUGAUCAUGGCUGCUCAAAUAGAGUCCAAUAUUUGA